CCUGAAUGGAAACAGGUAUCAGGUGAACGCCGCGCCAUAAAAAGCUGCCGUCUGGAAAAUUUCCCCCAUUUGUGGCGCGUCGGGCAGGAAGACGGAGCGUUAGCAUCGACGGUCAACAUGAAGCUGUGGGAGCUGCUGCCUCUGGCCCUGCUGGGCGCCAGGCUCUGCUGGAUGAGCUCAGCGCAGGUGAGCACAACAUCUGAAGCAACAACUACAACAAUAACUUUAUCAACUACUUCACCAACAACCCCAUCCACCGCUCCACCAACAACCCCAUCCACCGCUCCACCAACAACCCCAUCCACCGCUCCACCAACAACCCCAUCCACCGCUCCACCAACAACCCCAUCCACCUCUUCAUCAACAACCCCAUCCACCUCUUCAUCAACAACCCCAUCCACCUCUUCAUCAACAACCCCAUACACCUCUUCAUCAACAACCCCAUCCACCUCUUCAUCAACAACCCCAUCCACUGCUCCAUCAACAACCCCAUCCACCUCUUCAUCAACAACCCCAUCCACCUCUUCAUCAACAACCCCAUCCACCUCUCAUCAACAACCCCAUCCACCGCUUCAUCAAAACCUCCACCUCUUCAUCAAAACCCCCAUCCACUCUCAUCAAAACCCCCAUCCACCUCUUCAUCAACAACCCCAUCCACCUCUUCAUCAAAACCCCCAUCCACCUCUUCAUCAACAACCCCAUCCACCUCUUCAUCAAAACCCCCAUCCACCUCUUCAUCAACAACCCCAUCCACCUCUUCAUCAAAACCCCCAUCCACCUCUUCAUCAAAACCCCCAUCCACCUCUUCACCAACAACCCCAUCCACCUCUUCACCAUCAUCCAACUCAGCCACCAGAACCACCACCAGAACCACCACCAGAACCUCACCAAGCGGAUGUUGUGGCUUCAGAGCUUCCCUGCUGCUUUCUGCAGCUCCUCUCCUGCUCUACUUGUUCUUCCUGUGAACCUCAAACCCCAUCAAACCAAAUUUCAUGA